AUGUUUGUACCCACUGAAUACUUAUUCAAACUUCCCUUUGCCAAAGAUAGAGUCAAAUUUUUGCGCAGAUAUUGCGUUGUCUCACUGUGUCUGGGCGUUGGACUUUUCAUGUUGGCCCACAAUCCAUCCUAUCACACAAUAAACCCCAAGCCAUCUUUCAUUUAUAAAAUGCAUUUGAAGAGUCUACUUGCCAAAGGGGUUAUAGAUCAGCAGAGGCAUGAUGCAUUCCUAAAUUUUGACAAACUGCGCUGA